UUCACCACAAGCCCAAUCCCCAAUCUCAGGCAGGACGUCCCUGAGAACAUCAGCAGCUUUCUCUUUGCUCUUUCUCGGCUAAAUCUAAAAAUGUCCUGGACGCGACCUCUUCUUCUCACCUGUCUCGUUGCUUUGUCCAUCAUCACCUUGCUCCAUGGAGCCGACAGCACCGCUGUGUCAGAUAAGAAGGCAGCCAGUCCUCAAGGUGCCCUGAGGAAGAUCUUCAUGCCAGAGGCAGAUGCCUCCAGCUUCAUCAAACGACGAGGCAGGAGGGCUGUAAAAACUCAAGAUGAGAUAAACGCUGAGCAGAGACAGAGGCUGGCCGCAGAUGAGAGAAGGAGGGAGUAUCAUGAGGAGCAGAGGAAUGAGUUUGAGAGUCACGCUGAAGAGGAGCACGACGAGCAAGACGAGCGCACCAGAGAGAAGACGGAGCAGUGGAGAGAGUUUCACUACGACGGCCUGGACCCAUCUUAUGAGUACAACCGACACACGGUCUAAAACAGAGGAUAACGGGUAGAGAGCUAGUCUUAUUUGUGUAUUCAUGCAUGCAGAACACAUGUAAUCCAUGUAUAAUAGUUCUCGAAAAAGAUGUACAUUUAUUCAUAUUCAUACUCGCCAGUUAUUAUUUUUAUGGCUAGUUUAAAAUGUAUCGUAGCCGUCACACACUUUAAUGACACAAGUCAUUGCACUUUUUUUUUUUAAGAAAUAUUAUUUUUCACAUCAUUUCUUUUCAUUUUAUUCGUUUUUGAUUUUGGGAGAAUGUAAAGUGUUACAUAUUUAAUACAAAUAAUAUUUGCAGUCUAAGCAGGCAUGUAUAUCUUUGUAACAGUUCUUUCAGUUUUGAAUGAGUCUGAACAACAAUAAAACUACUGGUAUCUUUGUC